CCACGCGUAGCGAACACGGUAGAAUCUCCGAUCCUUGACGCCGGCCAUCGAUUUUACGGAGUACCCCUGAUCCUCGGUCGGUUGCACUAACUAGUAGCUUUCCACUUAUACCAACCAGCCGGCUGCUCAGUGUUUUUCCUCUCUCUCUCUCUCCUAUCUCACUCGCUGUCCUCUUCUCUUUCUUUAUAUCCUUUCUCCCCGUCUGGUCAUUUCCGCCACGAUGGUUUCCGUUACACGUUCGAAGAGCAGGUCCAGAAUGCCUCAAUCGACAGAGCAGGAAGUACCCCAGCUUCGAGGGCGCAAACAAGCCACCCAAUCCGACACGCCCAAGAAAGCCAACGGUGCCGUCAAAUCGAACGGAAACGGAAUCGCAAACGGAAACGGAAUUAAAAACGGAACCUCGAAUGGCAGCAGCAAUGGAGUCGCCAGCAAGGUCGAAGAUGAUCCCAAGAUCGAUGCCAGCGGCGAGUUCGAGUUUGGCGGCGUGUACGGAACCGGUCUCGUGAUGGUGUUCUUCCCCGUCCUCAUGUGGUACCUGUGGGUCGGCCAGGUCUACUAUGACGCGCAAUUGCCCUUUCCAGCGAAGGGACAAGCCUUCGGAGAUUUUUUGCUGGACUUCGUAAAUAAGGCUAUGGAGUGCGCACGUCCCACGCUCAGAUCCUUUUCCGCGUACUGGCUUUUCCUCGCCUAUCAGAUCGUGCUGUACAUCACCCUCCCCGGUGUCUGGACCAAGGGCAACCCGAUCCCCCACCGUGACAACCUGCGUCUGGAUUACUUCUGCAAUGCCAUCUUCGCUUUCUGGGUCACCAUGAUCACGGCCGGCGUUCUUCACGUUACGGGCAUGUUCCCCAUCACAGACCUGGUCGACAAUUUCGGCUCCUACAUGAGCGUUGGAAUCCUGUCUGGAAUCGUCGUCAGCUUCAUCGCCUAUUUCAGCGCUAUCGCUCGUGGUGCGCAGCACAGGAUGACUGGAUACUUCGUCUACGACUUCUUCAUGGGAGCCGAGCUGAACCCCCGUAUUUUCGGCAUUGUCGACCUCAAGAUGUUCUUCGAAGUCCGUCUGCCGUGGUUCCUCCUGUUCCUGAUCUCGAUCUCCGCCUCCGUCAAGCAGUACGAGCUGUAUGGAUACGUCACCCCCCAGGUCUGCUUCUUCUUGCUCGCGCACUGGCUCUACUCCAAUGCCUGCGGCAAGGGCGAGGAGCUCAUCGUCACCACCUGGGACAUGUCGCACGAGAAAUGGGGAUUUAUGUUGAUCUUCUGGAACAUGGCUGGUGUGCCCCUGACCUACUGUCACGGCGUCCUCUACCUGGUCCGCAACACCCCCGAAGUCUACAAGUGGUCCUCGAAGACCAACAUCGCGCUCUUCAUCAUGUUGCUCACCGCGUACUACAUCUUUGACACGUGCAACAGCCAGAAGAACCGCUUCCGCCAGCAAGAGCGAGGCACCAUGGUCCAGCGCAAGGCCUUCCCCCAGCUGCCCUGGCAGACGAUCGAGAACCCCACCUUCAUCACGUGUGAAGCCGGUACUCUCCUCACCAGCGGCUGGUAUGGCCUCGCCCGCAAGGUCCACUACACCGCCGACUUCUGCCAGUUCCUGAGCUGGGGCCUGAUCUGUGGCUUCAAGAGCCCGAUCCCCUGGUUCCUGCCCGCCUUCUUCAUGUGCAUGAUCCUGCACCGCGCUAAGCGCGACACCGACCGCUGUGCUGCGAAGUACGGACCCGCUUGGGACGAGUACAAGCGACAGGUCCCUUACCUCUUUAUUCCUUACCUUUUUUAAUCGCCGGAUGAGAGUUCGAGGAGGAGAAAAAAAGAGAUGGAUAGGAAGAAGAGCGAGGGGGUGUAUGCG